AAUCUUUACUUUUGCUGUUGGGUGGGGAAGGACAGACGGGGCUUUGGGGAUUUUGCUCACGUCCGAAGUCCGGUCGCGGCGGGAUUGGGAUGGGGGAGCGUGGCGUUGGAGCGACUGCGGAGCGGAGCGCUCGAACCUGAAGGGUCCUUGUGCAAUCUUUCCCCCCUCCCUGAACACCCUUUUUAAAAAGCCAACGGCCGCCCUGGGAGAGGCCCCGGCGCAUGAAUCAUCCUCGCUUCCUGCCCCCGCCCGGCCCCGCGCUCCGGGUGCCGCGGAUUUGAACUGGACGCGGACGGGAACCCGCAAACAGGCAUUUCUUUGCAGAUGGGUUUGAAUCAGCCAAUCACAGCCCGCGGGGGCCCGCUCCGGGAGGACGGAGGCGGGGGUGGGGGCCACCACCCGGGGGCCCCCCGCCGGGCCAGGCUGGAGGGGGUGCGGCGACCGGGCCUGCUCCCAAAGGCGCAGCGGGGGAGGAAGUGUCAGUUAGUGAACCUGCCGCUGCCUCCGCCUGGCCCCAGGCCCGGCGGGCGGGGACCUCCAGUGCCGGGGGAGCCAGGUGGCAGGGAGAGGGCAGGGGUUCAGACCGCAUCCCCUGCCCAGUGCCUGUGCGCCAUGGGGGCAGGGUGGAUGGAGACGUGGCCAGCCAUCAUCUGGGGAGCCCAGACCCCUGCAGUGCCCUGCUCACCCGGGGCCACACACGCGCACACACGUAUUUGGUUUCGCGUACUCACUGGCACACUGCUGUAGGCAUCAUGCGGCACAAUCUCCCGGGAGUGCACACACGCACUCACUCGGAAACAGGCACGGGACUCUCGCCUGUCAGCAGAUAGUCAUAACACCAGGUGCCCAGGGCCAUGCGGAGAGGGAGGAGACCAGAGUGGCCUGUGCAGGGAACAGAGGGAGGCUGUGUCUGGCGGUGGUGGAGUGUGUGGAGGGGCAUGGAGCCAGGUGAGCCAGAAGGGGGAGGAGGAGAGGAUGUUGGGGGAGGCUCUGACCACCACUGCAGGCAUUGGGGAGCCCCACAAGGCUUCUGGAAGAGAGUUGGCGGCCUGAGGAAGAGUGUGGUGGAGAGUGUCAGUGGAAGCUGAUGGAGAAUCGAGCUCUGGAUCCAGGGACUCGGGACUCCUAUGGUGCCACCAGCCACCUCCCCAACAAGGGGGCCCUGGCGAAGGCCAAGAACAACUUCAAAGACCUGAUGUCCAAGCUGACGGAGGGCCAGUAUGUGCUGUGCCGGUGGACAGACGGACUGUAUUACCUCGGGAAGAUCAAGAGGGUCAGCAGUUCCAAGCAGAGCUGCCUUGUGACCUUCGAAGAUAAUUCCAAAUACUGGGUCCUGUGGAAGGAUAUACAGCAUGCUGGCGUUCCAGGAGAGGAGCCCAAGUGCAACAUCUGCCUGGGGAAGACAUCAGGGCCUCUGAAUGAGAUCCUCAUCUGUGGGAAGUGUGGCCUGGGUUACCACCAGCAGUGCCACAUUCCCAUAGCAGGCAGUGCCGACCGGCCCCUGCUCACACCCUGGUUCUGCCGACGCUGCAUCUUCGCGCUGGCUGUGCGGAAAGGCGGCGCGCUGAAGAAGGGCGCCAUCGCCAGGACGCUGCAGGCCGUGAAGAUGGUGCUGUCCUACCAGCCGGAGGAGCUCGAGUGGGACUCGCCCCACCGCACCAAUCAGCAGCAAUGCUACUGCUACUGCGGCGGGCCCGGAGAAUGGUACCUGCGGAUGCUGCAAUGUUACCGGUGCAGGCAGUGGUUCCAUGAGGCCUGCACCCAGUGCCUCAAUGAGCCCAUGAUGUUUGGAGACCGGUUCUACCUGUUCUUCUGCUCCGUGUGUAACCAGGGCCCAGAGUACAUUGAGAGGCUGCCCCUGCGAUGGGUGGACGUGGUUCACCUGGCCCUCUAUAACCUGGGCGUGCAAAGCAAGAAGAAAUACUUUGACUUUGAGGAGAUCCUGGCCUUUGUCAACCACCACUGGGAGCUCCUGCAGCUUGGCAAGCUCACCAGCACCCCCGUGACAGAUCGAGGACCACAUCUCCUCAACGCUCUCAACAGUUACAAAAGCCGGUUCCUCUGUGGCAAGGAGAUCAAGAAGAAGAAAUGCAUCUUCCGCCUGCGCAUCCGAGUCCCCCCCAACCCGCCAGGGAAGCUGCUACCUGACAAGGGACUGAUGCCCAGUGAGAGCGGUGCCUCCUCCGAGCUGCGUAAGAGAGGAAAGAGCAAGCCUGGUUUGUUGCCUCACGAAUUCCAGCAGCAGAAAAGGCGAGUUUAUAGAAGAAAAAGGUCAAAGUUUUUGCUGGAAGAUGCUAUUCCCAGUAGUGACUUCACCUCUGCCUGGAGCACCAACCACCACCUCGCCAGCAUAUUUGACUUCACGCUGGAUGAAAUCCAGAGUUUAAAAAGUGCCAGCUCAGGCCAGACAUUCUUCUCAGAUGUGGACUCCACGGACGCUGCCAGCACCUCUGGCUCCGCCUCCACCAGCCUCUCCUAUGACUCCAGGCGGACAGUGGGCAGCCGUAAGAGGAAGCUGGCAGCCAAAGCGUACAUGCCGCUGCGGGCAAAGCGGCGGGCAGCUGAGCUGAGUGGACACUGCCCCUCAGACAGCAGCGCAGAGGGGACUUCCGGCCCCGAGCGGCCAGAAGAAGGCAUUGACAGCCACACGUUUGAGAGCAUUAGUGAAGAUGACUCAUCCUUGUCCCACCUCAAGUCAUCUAUCACCAACUAUUUCGGCGCAGCUGGGCGGCUGGCCUGUGGGGAGAAGUACCAGGUGCUGGCUAGGAGGGUCACGCCUGAGGGCAAGGUUCAGUACCUGGUGGAGUGGGAAGGGACCACCCCUUACUGACCAGCCCUGGGGUGGGGGGCAGGAGCCCUGAAAACCAAAGGAGGGACAGCAGAAGCCAUAGGCUCCAGUUUUCUCCAGGCUGGGGUGGGAGAGGGAAGCAGGACAGAGCUCCAAGUGCCUGGCAAAGGCCCUGCCUGCUUCUCAGGCCAAGGCCAAGGCCUGUGUCUCUGCUGUGCCAGUUGUGCUCUAGGGCCUCCUCAGGCUCGUCACCUCUUCGCCUGUGUCUCUAAGGUUCCACUGGCUAUUUUCCAGUGUCUCAUCUCCACACCCCCCACUCUGUUGACGUGUUCCUCUGAAUUUGUGUCUCCCUGGCUCUGUGACCCUUUCUCCUGAGGCCCGAAUCUUUGUCACCAGCUCUGUCCCUUAACCUCUCUCAUCCCUUUUGAGUGUGUUUAUACAUCCUACGUGUGCACACUGUCCUUCCAGUGGAUAUCUUGACAUCUGACCUGUGGGGCAGCCAGUCCUUCCAGGGACUACAUUAUGACGACAGGAACCUUUGAGAGAGAAUGGGAGGAGGUGGAUAAGAGUCUGCCUCUCAGAGCUUUUCCCUCCCACUUUCCUGCUACUCUCCUGCCCUUGGAGAGAGGUGGUGGGGGUGGAAGAAGGGCCCCAGGAACACCUAUGAGGGGGCAGAGACUCCUAGACUCUUGGAUGUAAGGAGAGAAGAGCUGGGUCUGCCUCCGAAGGCAGGGGCACCAGGGCUCAGGUAUUCAGGCUGAGAGUGAAGACUGCAGGGGUCAGCUGUGGAAGUCCCGGAAGUUUUUGGUUCCCUGGCCACACUCCCUCCAUUGCCAUAGACCUGGGCCUAGCCUUGCUGGAGUGGAGGCCUGAGGGAGGGCAGCCAUGUUGUGCUACACCCCAAACUGUUUCCAGUGCCUCCCGCCCCUACACCCACCACACAUGCAGCCAGACAACACACAUCUACUCACACGGAAGUUUCCACACACACUUCCACACCA